AUGACAGUUGGGCAGACAAUGGAGCAGAUGCAGAAGCAGAUAGCAAUAUUAUCAGGAGAAGGUGAAGACAGAAUAAGCUGGUUGAGUAACGACUUAAUUCAUGAAAUUCUCUCCUUUGUUGAUGCUAAAUCGGCUGUGCAGACCAGCGUUCUCUCCAAAAGAUGGAAGCUUGUCUGGACUACUCUUCCGUAUGUCAAUUUCACUAAUUACAUCUUUCUGGAAUCCGAAUUGCAUAUACUUGAAACUCGAAGUCGCUUUAUUUCCAAAUUUUUCCUGCGCCGAAAUAUUCUAUCUAAUUUACUCAAAGUGAAUUUCGAAUUUGAUCAUGUCGUAGAACAACUUCUUUUUCCCCAGUAUAUGUUUGAAGCAAUGUUUAACAAUGCUCGGGAUAUAAAAUUUGAAACUUCGGCCUCAGGUUUUAAACUGGAUUCUUGUAUAUACAGUAUGAACUCUCCUUCCUUGCAUAAACUCACAUUAAGGCCAAUUCAAGGUGAACUUUCGACAACUGGCUGUUGGAAUUUACCUGCUUUAACAACUUUAAAUUUGGCUGCGCAGCCCGAUCAUAGAAUCCUCUUGCCUGAAUUGCAUUUGUUAUGCUUGCCUGCUUUACGCACAUUGGUACUCGAGGGUUUACAGUUACCGGAUCCUAUUAGUUUACCUGCUUUAACUACUCUUCACCUGACAAAUUGCAUAUUGCCUCAAAAUAGUUGGGAUUUUCCGGCUUUAUUAACUCUAAGGCUCGAUGCUGUGUCCUUCCCCGAAUCUAGGUUCUUCUCUGCGCUUGUCAAUCUGAAAAGUCUUAUCUUGUUUUUCCGGGAAAACAUAACUGAAGAAUGCUUGAUAUCUUGUCCCCAAUUGGAAAACCUUGAAAUCAUUUCACCUGUGAGAACUACCACUUAUCAUUCUGGCAAUAUCAUUGUUUUGGCGCACCAUAUCCGCAAUUUUACUUCUGUUGGUUUCUUUCCUAUCAUGUUCGGAGUGUCUGAGUUGGAGAAUGUGAAUAUAAAACUACGGGGUAGCAAUGGGGACGAGCCUCUUGCAUCAUUGGAGGAGUUCAAGCUUUAUUAUACUCGGGUUGUUUAUAUGUUUCCAGGACUGAGCAAUGCUAAGAUUCUUACCCUAGACUCAGCGACCGUUCAGGCACUUUCUGCUGUUUCAAAACUUCUUGUCCAGGUUCCUUCUCCAUUCUAUCAGUUGAAUCAUGUGAAGGUACCACAGGGACAUAAAGAUUCAAGUAUAUCCGCUGACCUCAAACGCUACUUGCUUGGUCGCUCCCCAGAAGCCACCAUAGUCACUAAAUUGCCUCAGUAUAACUCAGCUAGCAUGUCCUGUCAAAGGUUUCAAAGGCAGUUGCCAGGAAAUUUAGCAACUCCCGUUGCAGAGCCCAAAAAUGAUAGAGCGAGUUCUUCUAGGGCUUCCGGCGAAACUGGGUUAUGGAAGGGCCAUGAGGUUAACUCGGAGUUUUUGAGCCUACUUGAUUGCAUAGAGAAGAAGUAUCCAGAAACCUUUGACCCCUUUACCACCAAUAGCAAAAAGUUGUGUACAAUGAAGCUGAACAUGUUGUGUACCAUAGUGAAAGACUAUACCAGAACUUUGAUGACUGAGGUUGAUAUUGAGAUGAUUGCGGAGUACAGGGCUCAGUUUGCAAACUUGCAAAGAUCAUUCAAUGUAAAAUGGUUGGUCAAUCAUCUGAAUUGCGUUGAACAAUUCCAGAUAGUUCACCUCCUACCAGACAAGCUUGAUGCAGUUGACUCUUUUAUUGCUAAUGGCUCAAUCGGAGAUCAUCUAUUUUCUGGUUUUUGA